AUGGCUGCUUCGUCUGUCGAACCUCAACCCUCGCUACCACUAGAGGACUACCGUCGGUAUGGGCGACAGAUGAUCCUCGAUGGAUUCGGACUGGAAGGUCAAAUCAAGCUCUCGCAGGCCUCUGUGGUUGUCGUCGGAGCGGGUGGCCUUGGAUGUCCAGCCCUUCAGUACCUCGCCGCUGCUGGUGUAGGAAGCAUUGGUAUCAUAGACCAUGACACGGUCGAAUUCUCAAACCUACAACGCCAAGUCUUACAUACUGAGUCGAGGGUCGGCAUGCCCAAAGUGCUCUCCGCCGCGGAGGCGGUCAAGCAGCUGAAUUCUAGCGUCAAGGUCAAUGCCAUAACAAGCGCCCUAUCUGCAUUGAACGCCAUCGAGCUACUUGCACCGUACGACUUGAUCCUCGACUGCACGGAUAACCUGCCGACACGGUACCUCUUAUCUGACACCGCAGUCCGCCUCGGGAAACCCUUGGUCAGCGGUGCUGCUCAGAAGUUUGAGGGCCAGCUCGCCGUCUACAACCUACCGCUGAAGGGAGAUGUCGGUGGAGGCGAGCUCAAUGAUACACCGGCAGUUGAGAGGGGCCCUUGCUUCAGGUGUUUGUUUCCUAAGCCGCCAGCCCCCGAGAUGGCAGGCUCGUGUGAAGAACUUGGGAUAUUGGGAGCGGUGACCGGCGUCAUCGGGACCUUGCAGGCUUUAGAGGCCAUCAAGAUCAUAACAGGUUUGCACGACGGUAGACCAUCGUUGCUCAUGUACUCUGCCCUGUCAAUGCCGCCUUUCCGUAGCGUGAAGUUGCGUUCGGGGAGAGCGACAUGUCCUGCAUGCGGGGUGGAAGGCGAGAAAGUGGACAAGAUUGAGGAUACGGACUACGUCGCAUUCUGUGGCGGCGAGAGGCCCGACUGGGUGUCGAAGGGACUUGCGGAGGGGAAGCCAGACAGUCGAGUACGCGCCCAGGAGCUCAAGCGUAUAUUGGAGAAUAGAGCAAGUAGUGUGCGUGUGCUGGACGUACGUCCGCGCACUGAGUUCGGGAUCUGCCAUCUCCCAGGGUCCAUGAAUAUCCCCCUCAAGGAGCUCCUCGCGAAUCCGUCUCAAUGGGACAAGGAGUCCAUGGUGGACGAUAGAGAAGUUUACAUCGUCUGUCGCCUAGGGAAUGACUCCCAGCUGGCUGUCGACGCAUUCCGGAAUGUAGGACAGGAAGGGGUAGUAAAGGAUUUGGUUGGGGGUCUAAGAGCGUGGGCGAAGGAAGUUGACAGAAACUUUCCAAUAUACUAG